AUGAAAAAUGAACUAACGAAGAAAGCAAGCGGAAGAAUUUUAGAAAUCCUGGAAGAUAUGUGGAAAUCCGAUUGCGAGAAAAGGGAAAAACGAGCACAUGAUAAGUGGAGGAUGAAGGAAAUAUGGCAAUUAGAUUACGUAAGAAAAUAUGGUAACAACAUAGUCAAAGAAAAGAGUCAAAAGAAACCUAAAACAAAUGGAAAAUUGUCAAACAAAUCGACAAAAAGCGAAGCCAGUUUUGCUGACGUUGUCCGUCAAAAUUUUCACCAAAAAAACAAUAACAGGCCAACAAAAAUUAGACAACAGAAGCAUAUAUUACAACAUCAAGAGCAAAAAAGGCGGCGGCAAACCGAACAGCGGACAGAGAUUCCAGCAUCAUCAACAAAUGAAAAACGCGUGGAACCAAAAGUAAUCAAUUUGUCUAGUAAACAACUAAAUGAAUGGGAAAUAAAACUUUUGUCAAAGGGAUUAAAAUAUACACCGACUCCUAAUAGCAAUAAGCAAGAGUUAAAAAAAGAUAUUAAAGAAUACACACGUAGAUUACGACUAGCAGAAUACUUUAACACCACAGAGAGUGAUGAAUCGGAUUCAAAUGAACCGGAGGAUUUAGUUAGAAAUAAAUCUAAUUUCAAUCCCAAAAAAGGACGAAAUGGUAUGUUAGAUACUGUUUGUGAAACUCUUCAAAGUCUAACACUUGAUACAACACAUAAUAAAUCAGUAAGAAAUAACUUGUCCAAAAACGAGGAGAAAGCUUUACGAUCCUUAGCAAGCGAUAAAACUAUCAUCAUUAAAGAAGCUGAUAAAGGAGUAGCUGUGGUUAUUAUGAACGCCGCUUACUAUGAAAGAAAGAUAACACAUAUGCUUUCCAAUACAGAAUUCUACACAGAAGUUGCUGAAAACCAGGAUAAAAAAGCUAUGCAAAAAAUUAAGAAAUUGUUACAUAAACACUCCUCAGUAUUAUCAGAAAAGGAGGAAGAUUUUGUCGAUUUUGAUUCACAACUUGUAACCUUAGAUGUAGUAAAUCUGUACACCAAUAUAACCAGUACCUUAGGAAUCAAGGCUUUAAAUUUUUGGAUUGAAAAUUACAGAAAUAAAAUUGACAAACGGUUUACAAAAGAAUUUUUACUGGAAGCCACCGAAUUAGUUUUAAAGAACAAUGUGUUUACUUUCAAUGACAAAUAUUUUCAUCAAGUGAAAGGUACAGCCAUGGGUACCAAAAUGGCCCCUACAUAUGCAACACUUACCCUUGGAUACCUAGAAGAAGCACUAUAUGAAAAAGCUAAUGAACAGUUUGAUGCAGAAUUUUGCGAAUAUCUUAAGAGAAACUGGAAAAGAUAUCUGGAUGAUUGUUUUAUUAUAUGGAAAAAAGAUGAUUCAGAUUUGAACAUUUUAAAUGAUAUCUUAAAUGAAUUAGACCCAGAUAUUAAAUUUACAAUGGAAAAAAGUUCUACUCAAUUACCAUUUUUAGAUGUAUUAAUCUGUAAGGAAAACAACAAAAUUGCAACAGAUAUAUUUUAUAAGAGUACUGACACUCAUCAAUAUUUGCAUUUUGGAUUUUCCCAUCCGCGACACAUUAAAAGAGCAAUACCUUACAACCUAGCCCGACGAAUAUGCACAAUAGUAAGUGAGGAGGAAACCAGAAAUCAACGUCUGGAUGAAUUGAAAAUAUUUCUCACAGACCAACAUUAUCCUUUAAGCUUAAUCAACGACGGCAUCAGAAAAGCAAAGGAAUUAGACAGAGAAGAAUUAAUUAAUCCAACUCCUAAUGAUGAGGAAAAUAUUAAAAUAUUACCACUAGUCACAACUUACAAUCCUAAAAACCCAAAUAUUACACCUAUCGUUCAAAAUCUGAACGAAAUUCUCAAAACGGAUGAAGAAAUGUCAAAUGUUCUUUCAAAAUUCAAGUUUAUAAACAGCAAAAGGCAGCCCAAAAACCUCAGAAGAAUACUCUGUCCUUCCAAAAUAACGAAAUCUACAAAAUCCGUGACAAAAUGUAAAGAUCCGCGAUGUGGCACAUGUUCUGUUUUAAGAGAAGGAACAUCAUUUAAUUUCAGAGGAAAAGAUUUCUUUAUUAAUUCAGACAUGACAU